AGCCAUUCUCUUGUUCUCUUCCUCUGUCUUGUUUCCGCGCCGCCCACAGUGAUGGAGCUCGAAGAGGAAAAGAAAUCGUUCCAGGUCGAUGCGGCAGAUGGGGACUCGCAGCCAGACCCCGACGAGCAGCUGAUGCUGGACCAGGGCAAUGGCAGAGUCUGGCUCGUCAAGGUCGAUUGUCCAUGUCCGAGAAAGUGUUCGAAGGUAGUUGACCGGCCCAGGUACCCAAACACCUUCUCGAGCGCUGGACAGCUCUCAACAGAGAAGACUCUCAUCUUGCCACUGUCCGCGUAUACUCCAAUUGCCCUCCGAACAACCGAUCGCGCAUGUUCUUAUUCCUACCACCCAACAUCGACCCCAGCCGUCCGCAGGUCCCAAACCCUUCCGUGAAACCGAACCGGCCGCAUUUCGCGCACGCAACGAACUACGUUAUAGAAGGGAGCGACGAGCCGGACUGUUAUGAGUUGGACAUGGUGAACGACAAUGUAGAAAAUCAGGUGGUCAUCGCGGAGCGGCCGAAGGACCCGAGCCUGAGCGCCUCCAAGUCGGCGGCGGCAGCAACCGUCAACACCCGUGCGCGCACAACCAUCCUCACGGGCCGGAUAAAACACGACUGCAACAUGCGACCGGCGGGGCUCACCGCGAGCUACCGCAAGCAGAUGCGCGAGCGACAUCUCAAGGCCAACACGGCGACGAGACAGGUGAAGCGGAUCGAGGAUGCGGGCAUCGCGGGUGGCCGGGGUGCCGUCAACAGGCUCACCAGCGGUGUCAGCACCGGCGCUGGAACAGCAUUCAGCGAGCUCGUUAAAACAAAACCCAAGCCUGCCAAGGGCCAGUUCGAGCGCAUGGCGCGUAUCCCGCGAAACCAGCUUCUCGAUCUGCUGUUCCAGGUCUUCCGGGACCAGCCAUAUUGGGGUAUCAAGCCAUUGCGAGAGCGAACGCAGCAGCCCGAGGUCUACCUCAAGGAAGUGCUGUCGGAGAUUGCGUUCCUCAACAAGACAGGCGAGCAUGCAAGCAUGUGGGAGCUCAAAGAAACGUUCAAGGACAAGGACACGUCUGCGGUGCCGUUACCGUCCGGCGCGGGCUUGUUCAGUUUCGGGGAGGACAUGAAGAUGGAGGAGGGUAUGGACGACGACGAUGACGACGACGACGACAUGGAGGAGGUUGCUGCUGAUUGAGGACUGUAUUUAACUGACAUACAUAUACUGUAUCAUACUAUUACACACAUGCACUAUCAUGACUAGCUUUUUGCAAGUCGAAAGGGGAAUGCAGUCGGAUCCUUCGGGCCGGACAUGGGUGACCUUACAUAUAUACGUUUUUGACUGCGACCGCUACCAUGCGUCUGGAAAGGCAAACUACCAACAGGUUACCAACACCACAUACAUGAGCCGCCUUCCUCAUGUAUUCGAAGAAUAGCUGAGGCCAUGCUUGAUGCGUACGACUUCGACGAGGACGUAACGAGUGUUAUGGAUUUUGCAUGUGGAUCAGGGUCAAUUUCUCGUGGAUUAGCACCAUUUGCUCGCAGGAUCGUCGGUGUAGAUAUCGACGCGGCAAAAGUAAACCUAUUCCAAGAACACAUACAAAACCAAGGGAUACCACCAGAAGAGAUGCAAGCUAUUUGUGCCGAUCUGAAAGGCGAGGCAACGGAACUGGAUGGAGAGAAGUUCGAUGUCAUCGUCUGCUCUGCUGCAUACCACCACUUCUCGGCUAUUGACGAAACCACGCGCACACUCGCGUAUUUCCUACGCUCAGGCGGCUGCCUGCUGGUAGUCGACUUUCUCUCAUCGACCACGCCCAUACCAGAAGACGUCCCACACAAACACGGUUUCUCGAAGAACGAUCUACGCCAUGCGUUCGACUACGCAGGGUUGAUCGAGGUGGAUGUAACGCAGUUGGCGCGCGCGAGGUUUCACGGAGCAGUCGUCGAUCUAUUCUUGGCGCAGGGCGUGAAGCCGGCACAGGUCCAGGACACUCGUUGCUAGAAACGGCUGCAUUGAACAAGCCAUACAUAGCAUCUUAUGUGAGGUUGCGGACGCGACUCCCGUAUGUCCGCCUUCACUUUCACUUCAAUGUUGUUCAUGCGAGACGCUUGUCAAUCGGACUUGACAUCUGGUGCAUCCGGGCUGAGGCGGUGCAGUGCUGAUAACAGAUCGGCCAGCGAUCACUUCGUCUAAAAAUCUAUGCGAUUAGUUGUCCUAGCAGCGCAGCGGUACUGAAAGAGUGUCUCUUCGAAUUCGCUCCCGUUUUUAAGCUUCAGCGGGGGGCACUACUUUCUCAGUUCUACCUGUAAAAAAUCUUCACACGCUGCCCAAUAAAGGCGGACAAUCAAUUUAUCCGUUCAUUCAGAUCAAGCCGAAAAGUGCCCUGACGGCCCCACUUUUGUUUGUCGGCCAUUGGCCUGUCGCAGCCGAGGUUGUUGCUUUCUACCUUUCUUUCUUGUCCCUCCUUCCCUCCCUCCCUCCUUCCCUCCCUCCGCCAACUACUCACCUACUAACCAAUCGAGUCAUGUUCACUCCCCAACUCUGCAUCAUGGCUCUGACGGCCUUGGCAACAGCCGUUGCUGCUGAACCACACAAUGGUCUUUGGUCACGACAUCAUCAUCAAGCCAUUGCCCGCGCGGCGCACGCAAACGCAGGGGACUUGCUGGAGCGCUCCGAGAACACGAAGCGGUCUGCGCGAUCGGUCGGGCGGAGGAUGUGCAAGACACCAUCGUCAACGUCAAGCGGUGCCGUAAAUAUUGUUGCAACUUCCGCCGUCGCACAGGCACCGUCCUCGACCGUCGACCAGACGACAGCGCGGCCGUCCUCUUCGGCUCCGGCUACAGCCGCGCCCCCCAAGUCGAAAUCGCCGAAGCCUUCGGCGACGACCACUUCCACCACGAGCAAUGCUGCCUCCACGGGUAGCAGCAGCUCCGGGUCCGGGUCCGGUUCCGGGUCUGGAUCGAGCAGCGGUGGUGCUGGUGCGCUAGCACUAAGCUCCCUGUUCCCACUGGGACAGGGCUCCGACUCAUGGUCGACUUCCCCCAAGGCCUCGUCGCCGCUUCCGCUCUCGGAUGCGACGUUCCAGGCCAACAGCGUGCUCAAGGCGCUGACUCACACGUACAUGGCGGCUCCCGAUGGCAAACAAGCCAUGCAGGCGAUCUACCCGCAGGGGUCGUAUGUCUUCACCUCCGGACACGAGGGCGGGUUCUCGUUCUACGCGCCGGGCCCGAACAGCCUGGAUAUGACAACGGCCAAGACACUGACGUUCGGGUACUCGGUGUACUUCCCAGCGGACUUUGACUUCAACAUCGGUGGCAAGCUUCCUGGAAUUUACGGUGGCAACACUGAUUCCGGUUCCAAGAGCUGCUCUGGCGGUCGUCGCUCAAACGAUUGCUUCUCCGCGCGUCUGAUGUUCCGUAAAGACGGGGCGGGCGAAUUGUACACUUACUUGCCCCCAGGUUUCACCGCCAACAAUCGCGUGUGCAGUAUCGGCCCUAAAUCAGAAUGCAACCCGACGUACGGCGCAUCUGUCGGGCGCGGCUCGUUCUUCUUCAAGGCUGGCGAAUGGACGACCAUCUCGGAGCGCAUCCAGCUUAACGACGUUGGGCAGGAGAACGGCCGGCUCACGCUCUGGGCGAACGGCCAGCAAGUGAUCGAUGUGGACGGACUGGUCCUGCGAAACAGCGCUACGGGUGUCAUGCGCGGCAUCCAGAUGCAGACCUUCUUCGGUGGAAGCUCCGUUAGCUUCGCAUCCCCCAAGACCCAGGAUUCGUACUUCUCCGACUUCUCGGCUGCGAUCAUCGAGAAGCUCGCGAAGGAGCAAGAGGAUGUGUUUCUGGAGGCUGCCGAAGCGCCUUGGCCCGUAUCGGGCCCGUCAAGCCGGACAGCUGAUCUCGAUGCCGGGGUCGAGGAUGGGGAACUGCUGCAUUCGGGCUCUGACGAUCCGCGGUAUCCUUCGCUUAGGCUGGACGAGUGGGAAGCCGCGUUCAAGCAUAGUGCUGCGACAUCCAGAACAACCUUCUCAUCUCCGUCUUCGUAUCUCAGGCGGAAGACUGCUGCUGCAGCUGCUGUCUCUGGUGCUGGGGUCGAGGACAGUGAAUGGUUACAACCCCGCGGAAAUGGGUUCUCCGAGAGCAUGGACGCAGACGUGGAUGAAGCGAGGCCCCGGUUCGAUUGGAGACUUUCUUCGUCUCAGCUGCGCCGACAACGUGAGGAAGAGAUGAAGAAUAAUGACAAGUCGGGCUCCACUUCUACCAAGCGGACACAUCCUCCAAGUAUCACGGUGGGGCAGGGCGAGCCGUUCUAUGAUGCGAUUCAACUGUAUACAGAACGCUUCACGGAGAUGCUGGUUGCGGAGCAACAAGAAGCUGAGGCUGUUCUGAAGGAACGGCUCUCCACCUGGUCUUUGACGCGCCUGCAAGAGGAGGGCUACUCCAUAACCGGCCUUUCAUCCUUCUGGCUACAGGAGACUCAGUUUGGGCUCCCGGUUGCGUCGUUCUCUCUCGGACCGGGCAUAUCGCUCCCUGAACACCGUUUCGACAAUGGUUCCACUGUGCUCGUAUCGCGACUAGACCCGCUCAAGGAGGGCAACGUGACAGGCUCGGUGAUCUCCAGUUCCAAGUCUCAGAUCCGCGUCACCUUCCGGGAGCGUCUCCUCGACUUCGAAGAUGGGCUCUGGCGGCUCGACGUUGGCAAUUCGAAUAUCGCGCACGAGCGGCAGCUCGAAGCCGUUAGGAACUUGAACCACGAUCCACAGCAGUUGGAAGAGGUGCCCGUCAGUAGUGAUCGCGAGGUCAUUCUGCUGGGCACGCAUCUGCGAGAUGUGUUGCUGGAUACCUUCCAGCCGGGAUCGGAGGACGAGGAGAUGACGUCGAAACCUGUAGCUAAUGCGCCAGGCGUGUUCGCCGACGACCAGCGGAUUCACAGCUGGGCACUGCGCUAUGCGAAGCCUGAUCCGCUUGUGAUGGAAGGCGACCCCCCUCUGACCGGUCUGAACGAGACACAGAUUCGGGCGAUGGCUUUGAUGAUUGGGAAACGUCUCAGUCUCAUCCAGGGUCCUCCGGGAACAGGCAAGACGAAAACGAUCAUCGAAACGAUUAAGCUGCUCAAAGUCCACUUUGAUGUUCCGCACCCGUUGCUGGUGUGCACCUACACGAACGUUGCAGUUGACAAUCUUGUCGAGGGGUUCGCAGCAGCGAACAUGCGUCCGCUCCGAGUGGGAUCCGCCGGCCGAGUGAAAGAGUCGCUCAAACAAUAUACCCUGCACCAGAAACUUGCCGAACAUCCCCUGCAGCAAGUGCUCGAGCCGCUCCAAGUGGAGAAGGAGAAACUAGAAAAGCAGCUGGAUGAGCUGGACACCAAGAUAGACGAGGCCGAAAAGAAGACGAAGACGGCGAACAACAAGGCAGCGGAACGACUGCUGGCGAUCCGCUUGAACAUGGAUCGGGAGAAAACUCGGAAGCAGAGGCAGCAUCGAUCGCUCAAGGGGCGCGUCUAUGCACUGCAGAUGAAAAUGCUGAAGCACAUCAUCAUGGAAGCCGAUGUGAUAUGUACAACCUGCAUCACCUCGGCCUGUCAGGCUCUGCAGCUGGUGGAUUUCCCGGUGGUAUUCUUGGACGAAGCGUCGAUGUCGACAGAACCUGCGACGCUUGUGCCCAUCAUGAAGGGUUCCCGCCACCUAUCUCUCAUCGGAGACCAUAAACAACUUCCUCCGGUCAUCUCAAGCCUAGAAGCCAAGGCCCUGGGCCUGGGGCGUAGUUUAUUCGAACGGCUGACGGACGAAGGAGAGGUGCCUUCGAUCAUGCUGGACACACAAUACCGAAUGCAUCCUGCGAUCUCAUCCUUCCCGUCGUCCGAGUUCUACAACUUCCGUUUACGGGACGGGACGGUCGACCCGACGGGUACCGUCGCCGCGAGGUUGACACCGCCCAAUUCAGUGCAUCUGCCCGUCAACGAACGAGGGGACCGCCCUGCAGUCAUCUUCUUGGACCAUGUUGGGGGCGAGGCGAUGAAGGAUCGGAGCAGGGUCAAUCUGCCCGAGGCUGCGAUUGUGAUUAGCGUGAUUGAAGAUCUGCUGUUGAACAACCCGACCCUCAACGGUAACGACAUCGGUGUCAUUGCCCCCUACGUGGCGCAGAUAUCCCGGAUCAACCGCAUGCUGAACACCGAUGCGAAGUACGCCGACCGGUUCCAACAAGUCCUGGGCUCCCAUCGCGCGAUGCAGAUGCGCCACAUCGAGGUUAAGACGGUGGACGGAUUCGAGGGCCGCGAGAAAGAGGUCAUCAUCUUCUCCACAGUGCGCAACAACUCGGGCGGCCAUAUCGGCUUUCUGGCGGACAAGAGACGGCUGAACGUCGGGCUGACGCGCGCCAAACGCGGGUUGUUCGUCAUUGGGAGCAUCAAGACGCUGGGGGACGGCCUCAGGGCUGACACGAAGGUGGCGGCGACAGCAGCAACACCAGUUCCAGCUCCAGCAGCACCGGCCCCGGUUGAUAUCGCCCAGAUCAGCGAUUCGGCGCAGAUCCAGGUCGUCCCUCCCCGCAAACGCAAGUCGCGUGGGUCGUGGAAACGAUACACAGACUGGCUGCUGGACCAGGGCCUGGUCAUCACUCUGGGAGGCGAAGCGCUCUCGAAGGUGCUCUAUGGGAAUGUUCCCAAGCGGAAGGACUUUUCAUCUGGGAGCAAAGGCGAGUCCAAGCAUGAGACGAUCUCAUCACGAUCAUUGACAGAGAUCUCCCACGGUCGCGACUUGCAAGUCACUUCGCGCCUACUCACGCGCAAAGUCACUAUUCAUGGUCCGCUUCAAGGUACUCGCCGUCGCACACUUGCUGUUCUUCUGGUCUCACUCUUCAAACGUAAGAACCGCUGGCUGCUCGUUGAACUACUCCCCGUCCCUGCAACUGGGACAGCUCCGAACAACAACCUCGACAGCCACAAAAUCUGGGCCGCAGUGAAGCAGAGUGUCAUAACCAACUUCGGCGACGUCGGAUGGGGGUCCAUCGGUCUUUCUAUGAACGUGAAAUACUACUCCCCGACGACGAACAUGUGCAUCAUCCGCGUCGCGCGCGACCACCACCAGGUUGCAUGGGGUGCCGUGACUCUGCUUACCAGCAUCGAGGGCGUGCGCUACAUCCCGAACGUCGUCCAUCUCUCUGGGACCAUGAAACACACACAGCUGGCGGCGAUCGCGCAUGACCGGGAAGUCGUGGCUCGUCUGCGCGCUCAGGCGAAGACUCCCAGCGGAUAUAACGACUCGUACGAAGCGUACUUGGAAAAGAGCGCAGCCGAAAUCGAAGCUCUCCAAGACUGAGCCGCAUUUGGGAUCCAAUAGGGUCUGUCGAAUCUGCCGCCCAUAGACGGCUCGGGCCUCAAUGAAGGUGGCGGCUGCCACGGACAGCGACCCGCGUCCUUGAUAUGCGAUGAUCCUCAGUGCGAGGGCCCGAUCUAUUCCUACAAGGAAUAUAUACACUGUGUAGGCAGCAGACAUACAUACAUCCAAAUAGAUUAUCUACGUAGAAUACAUAAGAUCAGUACACCUUGUUAGUAGUAAUUUGUGUUUCAAGAGACAGGCUCCACCUGAGGAUGGACAGCCCCACCGGUGUGGCUGUCGUCCGCAACUUCUGGGACGCCUUCCUCGUGACGGCCCUGACGGCCUAAGCCGUCGACCAUCCGUGCCAUCCGCUCCUCCAUUUCCUGCAAUUCGGCAGUCGGAACGCCGAUUCCGGUUCCACCACCCAACGCAGCGUUGCCCAUCCCAAACGCGUAGGGGUUCGCGCUGAGCGGCGCCAUGGGACUGAUGACACCUCCGGGACUGAUCGGCCCCAGACCGCCCAUCCCCAACCCGCUCAGAACGACACUGGGCGACAUCCCACCGCGCGCAAAGGCCAUCUGCGACAGUGCGAUCUGCGCUGCUGCGUUGGGAUCGACGCCCAUCGACGCGACUCGGCGCUCGAUCUCUGCAGCAAGAAACAUUCGCUGAGCAUGAGCUAUUUCCUGCGGAGACAUUUGCCGUUGCCGAUAACCGCCUGGCACAUUUGACUGUCUCGGUCCUCCUCCGCCGCCGCCGCCGCCGCCGCCUUGUCUAUUGUUCCUCGACUUCCCUUUCGACUUUUUCUUCUUCUCUCCCGCAGCUUCUCCGUUCCGUUUCGGAGCACCGGCCUCGUCCUUCUCCCGCUGCUCUCUACGCUCAGCUUUGCGGGCCUCCUUCUGUGCGUGCCUCUCUCGCGCCUCGGCUCUUCCCUUCUCGAGCCGCUCCCGCAUUGUGGCAACCCCCGUUUCGCUUUCCCACCAUCUUCCCUCGGCACCGACGACAGCGUGCUCCAGGGCACUCCGGUCGUGCGAAUAGAGACACUUGUCUUUGCCGAACUUGCACAGCCCCAGCAGAUCAUACAGGCAGACAUUUCUUCCCAGCCCAUCGCGGACGCUACGGUCAUCUGGUGCGUGCGAGAACGUGCAUUCGGCUUUACGCGCGCAGCGGCCACGGUUGUAGAAGCGGCAAGGGAUCCCGGAAGCCGUGUGAUGGGCAUCCGAGGUGUCGGAGGUGAUAGAUGGAGAUGGGGAUACUGGACGUGGUGCCGCAUCUGGCGUUGGAGCGCCUGGAUCGGAGGAGACAGGUUCUUCGGUUGCCUCCUUGGACGCUUCUGCAUCUGGAGCAGGUGCGCUGGCCUGCGUUUCCGCCAACGCAGUCUUAGCAGCCGUGUUCUCGGGCGUCAUAGACAGAACGGUUUCGAAGUCUAGGCACAUGAGCCAUGCAGCAGAGAACGGGUGGAAGGGAAUAUGCGCACCGACGAUCGCGCCUGCGGUAUCGCCAUGACCCUUGCGGGACAUACCACGCACAUAUCGCGCCUCGACGAGCUUGGGAUCCAGCGCCAGCGCCUUCGCCGCAACAGCCUCCGCCUCCACGAAUCUGUCGUUACGAUAAGCAUCUCCGCCCCGAGCCGCCCAGGCAUUGCCUAGUAGUAGAAGGAUCGGACACACCUCCCGGCGUACAGAUACGCGGUAGCCAAAUCACAGUGCACCACCGGAUUUUCUCUCCACAGCCGACACGCAUCGGCGAAACACGUCGCAGCGCCGUUGUAGUUCUUGAGCUUCAUCAACGUGACACCCUAGCGCUCGUUAGCCGCCUCGUGUGACGAGAUGCGUCGGAUGGAACGCACAAAAGUCUGCCUCUCGCUCGCGCGCACGCGCUUCUGCUCGACGAUCGCCGCGCGCUUCUCCGCGCGCGCCUCGAGCUGCUCGGCGAGCGUAGGCAUGGCUGUGUCCGAUGUCAAGACGACAAUGACGGGAUCAUUGGGGUCGGCAGCGUCUGGCUCUGCCGGGGAUGGGGCCGCGGGUGGGGGCGCGGGGCGGGGGCGGGGGCGGAAGCGUCCGACAUGGAGAGAUAGUUGGAGGCGGGUCGAAUACGAAGUCCCGCACUGUGGUGGUCAAGAAAGAGGCCUGUGCUGUGGGUGGCGAUGUCACCUGAUCGAGACCUUGUGUUUCGAUCAGUGAUUGGCGAUGGCCCGUCGAUCGCGUUAACAAAGUCACGCUCAGUAGAGCGCGCGGCCGCAGUCGAGCGAGACCUUAACUGGGUACAGCAUGUUCCGGCUGCUCGUGACACUCGUCGCCUUCAUCUCUGCAUUUCGAUCUGCGGAAGCAUCUCGCCAGCCCCGCAACCCAGCCGAACAAACCCUUACCGAUCUUGGAGACGGACCGUUCCGCGUUUUGACCAACGAUGCGUUCCCUGACUAUCGGGUCCGAGUGAAGCAGAUUCCGAAAUCGACGGGGUUUUGCGACUCGACUGUCGACCAAUAUGCUGGUUACAUAGAUAUCCGGGCUCGCCACUUCUUCUUCUACUAUUUUGAAAGCAGGAAUGACCCAGCCACUGACGACGUUGUCAUGUGGCUGAAUGGCGGGCCGGGUGCUUCUGCCUCGGUCGGGCUCUUUUCCGAGCUGGGGCCCUGCAAUGUGAUCUCGGACAACACCACCGAAUUCAAUCCGCAUUCCUGGAAUUCGAAGGCCAAUUUGAUCUUCCUCGACCAGCCUAUCGGGGUUGGAUUCUCGUAUGCAGAUUUCGGAGAGGCUGUGCGAACCACCGAAGAAGCGGCUGUAGACAUCGCGCGCUUUCUGGCGAUAUUCUUUGAGUCCAUGCCCGGCCUGAAAAAUCGGGCGCUACAUAUCGCUGGCGAGUCUUAUGCGGGUCGGUAUAUCCCAUUAUUUGCUGCCCAAGUGUUCGAUCAAAAUGAGCUGCUGAUCAAAGAGGGCAUUGCUCCAGUCAACCUGAGUUCCAUCGCCGUCGGCAACGGGGUGCUUGAAUCGAUCCACUCGAUCACAUCGCAGUACGACAUCCAAUGCAAGCCCGUUGUUGGGCUCCCUUUGCAAUCCAUAAGGGUUUGCACGGAGAUGAAACAGGCGCUCCCCCGAUGCGAGAUGCGGCUGAGACGGGCCUGCAUCGAGACCUUUGAUCUCAUCGAAUGUCAAGCAGCGCGAGGAUUCUGCCACACGGCGAUAGCUGAGCCAUUUGCAUUGACCGGUAAAAGCCCUUACGACAUGCGGACGGUGUGCAUCGGGGAUGUCCGAGACACUCUGUGCUAUCCCAUCACACAGAACAUCACUCACUUUCUCAAUCUGCCCCGAACGCGAGACCUGCUGUCCAUCGAUCGGUCGUUUGGCGAGUUUGCCAUGGUCGACUGGACGCUGAACACCGCCUUCGGUCUCAGCGGGGAUGUCUAUCGACCUAGCGCGCCGUACAUAGAAGCCCUGCUGGAGCGGAAUAUCCGGGUCCUGCUAUACGCCGGCAUCCACGAUUUCUCGUGCAACUUCAUCGGCAUGGACCGAGUCUCGCGUGGGCUCGAAUGGCACGGCCAGCGGCAGUUCACAUCGCAGCCGCUGCGACCCUGGUUUGUCGAACAUAAUGUAGCAGGCCAGAUCAGAUCAUCUGGGCUUCUCACUUUUGCGACGGUGGAGAAUGCCGGACAUCAGGUGCCGCACGACGAACCUGUCAACUCGCUGGCGAUGAUCAAUCGUUGGCUGAAAAAUACACUCUAAUCACAUAAACGUGUAGAUUAAGUCCUUCAAAAAAUGCGUCGAAAGUCCGAUUCAUUCGCUCGGAUCAGACAUAUGCGCAGAUUCAGAAUAUUCCUGGAAACCCCUAUUUGCCAAAAUCCGUCAGCAAAAGUCAGCCGAGCGUAUAGUACAUGGGUAGCGUUGAUGAAAUCUCUGCCUCGUGCCGCUCGACCCGGCAUUAGCCGAUUGGAGUGCGCCGCAGACGAUGGAGGGGUUCGACAGACUGUCUCUACCCUGGAGCGACGCCGGUGCAGCUAGCCAGCGGAAAGCGACGCGUUAAUCCGAGCUACGAAACCUAGUAUGCCAAACAACAGGUGUGGAAUACAAGGCUACGUAGCGCGGAGGAGCAGUCGCUGGCCAGACUCGACAUCGCAACCUGAGGGCCACAAGUUUUCAGCCAAGCGCUCUUAUAGUCCUCGCCGCGCCCAAUCUGGCUGUGCCAACCCACAACUGCAGAGUCCGUAUCAGAAUCCCAUAAAUAGCCUGAAUCUAGGGUCCAAACCCAGCCGAUCGCAGACACAAACGGGGGCGGAUGUGCCCACAAACGCGACGGAAAUCUGAUGGGGAUGGUGAUCGGCGAUUGACCCUCCCGCUCGGCUAAUCCGAGGGACAGAUCUGCUGUGCUGGAGGGAGAUAGUAGCUGGGGGGGACCAGAGCAAGCGCGGGCCCGCGACGUCGAGACGUGACAUCUCCAUGCUCCCCCCGGACGUUCUUGCGCGCGGAUGUCGCCAUGUGUCAUCCGAUGGAAACGACGAUGCACACCCCCACCCAGCGCGAACCAUGGGCCAAGAAGGAGCCCCGUUUUCAACAUCUGACACGAAGAAGAUCUUAUCAAAAUGCCACUGAUGUCUUCAUCGAGCACUCAUCGUCCAGUCGUGCUUUAGAACUUUGUCACAUCGAGUGGGGAGACAGGAAGACUUGGCACAUGUGGAGACCCUCCCGACGCUCAGAUGCGCGCAGUAGUCCUUUCCAGCGCUUCGGCCAGGGCAGGGUGAGUUGCUUACGCAAGCGUCCUAGAGAAUUGUAAACACGUAUAUCACGUGAUCGUGUGCGAUGUAAGUGAGAGUCCAGACAGGCAAUGUUUAUUGGCUUAGCGUUCCGGUCAGUCACA